UUUUAUUUCGGCAACCUUUCGCGGGCUUAAUGGGCCAAGCCCUUAUCGUUCCUCUUAACAAAUAUUUGCAUUUUGAAUCGGGCACGGACGCUGUCGUAUUUCACAGAUUGAGAAGAAAUUUGUCGAACAGGUGGUGGAAGCUAGCUAUUGAUGGGAAGUCCGAGCAGCAGUAGCAGUGGAGAAGAAGAUGGGACGGCCGAGUGGAGGAAAGCCAUUGAAUCGGUUGUAUCCACCACUACUUUUGGUUUCACCAAUGGCUCAACCAAAUCCAUCACCCAUUCGAAUUCAAACACAGACUGUAGUUAUGAAGAGGACCACCAACAUAAACCCCAAAAACUCAAGCACUACCAAGUCAAGGCACAAAAAGCUUUGGAUGAUAUCUUAGAGAAGAAUUUAGAGAUAGUGAGAGAUCCUGUUCAUUUCCUGGAAAAAGAUCAAGUGAUCGAUGGAGGAGUUCGAUUAUUUAAAAAUUCUGCCCCUGGGAUAGUAUUUGAUCAUAAGGAUCAAUUUAAGGGACCCUGUAAAAAACCUAACAUCCUUCCAGGAAAAGAGAUUGAUAUGAAAUCAAAGAAGUUCAAACGACAACUCCAAGCUGUUGUUGUGGAUGGUGUGGAUAUAUUGGCUGCAGCAAGAGAUGCCAGCCAGAAAUCAUUAGCAAGACUAGAAGCUAAAGAUGCAGCUGCAAAAGCAAAAGCAAAAAGAGAAGAGGAAAGAGUUGCUGAAUUGAAACGUGUUAGAGGGGAGCGAUGGCUUCCUUCUAUUGCCAGAGAAAUGCAUGUAAAGUUUCGAUGUUAAAAAUAGUUGCUUUUAGUUCUGAACUUAUAUCCUAUC